AUGAAUCUCGACACUCCUUUCACAGAACACUGCCUCACUUUCUCAGAGUUGGGCUUGCUUCGAAAAGGCAACUUUCGAACAGUUACGGAUCUGUUGUCAAAUACAGUUCAGGAUAUUGCCAAGAAAUGCAAGGCUUCACCACUUGAAAUUAAGCGCAUAGUUGAAAAAGUCCUCGAUGCCACUCCUUACCAUCAUAUAUCGCGGCUGGACAAUUUGCAGGACGAAAGCGAAGAGAAAUUUACGACAGGUGAUAUCAUCCUCGAUGCAGCUCUGGGUGGGGGGAUCAGGACUGGAAUGGUCUGGGAAGUUGUAGGAGAAAGCGCUGCAGGGAAAACCCAAUUGGCCCUUCAACUGUCCCUUUUCGUUCAAGCUCCUUUAGAGCUGGGCGGGCUCUCAGCGUCUGUAUGCUACUUGAUCACGUCUGGUACCCUUCCCACAUCGCGGCUUCUGCAGAUAGCCAACGCCAAGGCGCUUCCGUCAACAGCCUGCAGUCUAGAUAAUGUCCAUAUAUCGACUACUCCCAAUGUGGCCAUAUUGGAACGAGUUCUGAGAGAUAUACUCCCUCCAUUUAUCGAGAAACAGACGCAAGGAGGCAAACCUGUGAAACUUGUCGUCAUUGACGCUCUUGGAGAGCUCUUUCAUUUACACAAUGCAACGACUACCUCCACCUUGGUGGAACGGUCCAAGGACAUCGCCAGGAUAUCUGCACAGCUGCAUGGACUUGCAAGUCAAUACCUUGUUGCUGUGCUUGUUUUGAACGAGGUUAUCGAUGUCUUUGAUCGCCCUCGACGUAACUGGGAUGGACAAGGCGAUUUACUUUACGACACCCAAUCGCGGUUGUUCAGCACCGCAGAAUUCUUCGGCGACGGCAAGAAAGAGGCGUCUCUUGGUCUUGUUUGGGCAAAUCAAGUUAACACAAGAAUUAUGCUUAGCCGAACAGGUCGGCGGCGAUUUCUCAGUGGCGAAGAGUUGCCCAAAAGACGCUGCAUUCAAGAUGAAGAAGCACUAGUCCCACGAGCUGAUCCACACGAGACACAAGCAACCCUGAUCAGACGCCUGAGCGUCAUUUUCAGUUCUGUGUCAUCUCCCAUGUCCUUGGACUACGUUGUCACUGAGGCUGGUAUCUCUGCGUUGGGAAAUAGUGUGGUGUACGCAACAUCCUCAAACAACGACGAGGGUGUUUCUGCUCUGCCACCUUCCACCGGAGAUGUUGUGGCGCCGCGCUCAACAGAACAAGCUCAAGUUCCUACGAGGACACAUGGUGAUGAAUUCGAGCAUUUGUGGGCUGAAGGUGAUUCCUAUGAAAACUUUGAUUGGGAUGCCUUGGAGGAGAACCUAGUAAGUCAGACUGUGACUUGA